GCAGUUUUUUUUUUCCCCGUCUGUUUUUGCUCGGGCGUACGAUAGCAAGCAAGCGAAAGGAGAGCCAGCAAUGCGUGUAAUUUAAAAGCAUUGUCAAGCAGUGAUGAUCGAAGAAUGUUGUUACAUAGUCUCGCGGAACCAUGUUCUUCAGCGUUGACCAUGACCGAAAAACUAGUAGCGCAUAUCGCUUGGCGACUUGCGUGGGCCUGCAUUGUGCGAUAAGUGAUCUCUGGAUGUAGGAAGUGCGAUAGACAAGUGAUUUUUUGUUAUCGCCACCUCACCGCAUGGCGUUCAAGUUGGUUCUUCGUGCCUCCAACCUGAUGUUAUGAACCUUCAAAGUCUCUUUGAAGACUUCAAUCCUAGUCGUUUUCUAGUUCACUGCUGCCUGCUAGCGUUCACGCUGCUCUUCUCGUUGAGGCUCGAUGGCGUCAUCUCGUGGAACUACUGGGUCGUGUUCCUUCCCCUUUGGAUCUGGAAGUUUAUGGUCAUCGUUGGAGCCGUGGUGGGCAGCUACGUGUGGUGGACGCACCCACAAUACAGGAAUGAAGGGGAUGGUCAGGUCCACUACCAGGCAAUGGUCAUCAGCCUGUUCCUGCAGCUGCUGCUCCUCGUCUUUGAGGUGCUUGCCUGCGACAACCUGCAGAAUGAUCGGCACCUCUGGACGCUCGUCUUUAUACCGCUCAUCUUCAUCUCGGUCCUCUCCAUUGCCGUGUGCAUCUGGGCAGUCAAGCACGACCGCUCCUUUGAGUUGGAGCUCUUCUGUUCUGUGAACGUGCUGCAGUUUAUAUUCCUGGCUCUCCAGUUGGACAAGUUCAUCCAAUGGAGCUGGGUGGUGGUGUUUGUGCCAUUGUGGAUCGUGAUGUGCCUGGCAGUGAUCGGGGUGCUUUAUGCGAUCAUCUUUGCGAGCAUCCUGUUGCGCACCCCUGAAGUGAGCCCCGAGCAACGACGCACUAGCCUACACUCGGCGGUCUCCUACAGCAUGAUCGUAGGCCCUCUUCUUGUGUUCCUAGUAUUGUUGUCAAAUAAACUGGACACGGAGGACAGCCUUGGCUACACGGAAACUUGCACGCCCCUCUAUUUCACGUUCCUUGUGCUCAUCUUCCUGUCCUUUGGAUCCAAAGGAGGAAACCAUUGGUGGUUUGGAAUCCGCAAGGACUUCUGCCAGUUCCUGUUGGGAGCCUGCCCACUGCUUCAGGAGUACGGCAACAUUUCCUACAGCCUGCACAACAACGAAGCUGACAGCCCACCCUCAAUGGAUGCUGUUGCUGCCUCAGAGGUCAAGUCGAUACCUCGGCAGCGUCCUCGAAGUUCGGUGCUUGCUGAACCUCGACCCAUUGUUGCGGCUCUCGCCAUAGACACACCAGACUGACAGCAUUCGUGGCAGACAGCUGUUAUUGUUUCUUGCCCUUUAACCAGAAAGCCUGCUGAGGCAAGUGGAUUACUUUGGUUGUGGCCCGUUAUGUUCCUCCACUUCCACACCAAGUUCAACAAAGAGAAAUGAAGGGCAGCCUCACGCAAUCUUUUUCAAACGCAGAAGACCAUAGAAAUAACAGCAUAGUUUCAUAGCUUAAAGGGGCACUGCAGAGACAUGCUAGAUUAGUUGACUGCAUAAGACAUUGCUGCAGCAAACUUCAAGGAGAGGCUAAAUUACUUCAUUAGGACUGCCUAAACUACUUCGUUAUGACUGCCAGAAUUACUUUGUUAUAACCAUUACUUUGUUAUAACUGUUGUCUACACUUAUGACCAACAUUGCUUGUCAUGGCGAGAGGAUUUGGGGUGUUAUCACAUGGUGAGCUGAAGCUGAUGUAAGAGCCUAACACAUGCCACCAAACAACUGCAUAAGAUUGUUUUCUGCCGCAUCUUCUCUAUUGGGAUGGGUGCUUCUCUAAAUGCAGCUGUCAACAGUAGUUCGUCUUGGUCAUCUUGGUGCGCGAACUAACGGCGCAACAGGUCUGCGAAGUGCAGAGCUUGCAAAGCUCUCUCGCAGCACAUGCUCUGCCGUCUGGCCAUGACCAUGGCAAACUGGGGCGUGAUCGGAAAUCUUUGUUCGUUUCGCGUUCUGCUUAGUUGCUGCGACAUCACAAAGUGGCAGUAUGCAAAAUUUUUUGAGAACGGGAGGGAGAGAGCAGCCAAUCGGCAAGUGGUAAACCAUUCCGUAGCUGCAGCCGUCGUUCGGAUCCAAUCUAAUCCAUGAGAAGUGCCAUGCGAAGCCGGUCUUGUAGCGAGCGAAUGAUCGCUCGAACUUAACAUCUCUUGUCGCGUUCUGCUCCUAGCAGAUGACGUGCUCAUGAUCAAAAUGACUGACAGGAGCGUGUCGUCAUUUUGACGUCACAAAAGGACGAACUUCCCGGACGACGAACGUCUGGGAGUUCGUCGCUUGCCAAUUGGCUGCUCGCUCCCUCCCAUUGUCACAAAUUUUGCAUACUGCCACUUUGUGACGUUGCAGCAACUGAACAGAAUGCAAAACAAACAAAGAUCUCUGAUCGCGCCCCCGCUGUGUGCAUACCGUUAAGGUAAAGGGUCCGCAUCUUUGCAUCCUGCUCUCGAGUCAUCGGCAAUUGCUAGGCUUAUAUGCAUUUCAUGAGUGGUGGAGUGCUGCAGGUUUCUGAUUUUGUACACUGCUUGUUGCUUUCAAGCACCAGAAAGGCAUUUCAACAAAGGCAUGGCGUGUUAUGUGCACAGUGCACAAGAGAAUGUAGGAGUGGCUGUGAGUUCGCAGCAGCUUUAGAAUGUGGGAGUGGCUGCCGACUUGGCAGCAUGGCCGGAUUGGCAUGUUCUUGAAAUGCCGCAAUGGCUGAUUUACUAACUGCACAAUACAGUAUCAGGUUUCUGCCUAAUCAGCACGAAUAAGAUCAAGUCUUUGUUCCGAGCUUUAAAGCGUUUGUUCUAUCCAUUUCUAGGACAUUUUUGCUUCGUUAAAGAGAGGUUUCAAAAGCAAGGGUUUCUAUGUGAAAGGAUUCGCAAUUACUUUGUUAUAUCUGUUAGUUUCAGAUCCAACCUGAAUCUAACCUGUCUUAUAGUGAGGUUUGACUGUAGUUACUGUGGCUGGAGGCUUUAUUAGUCAAUCAGUCGACACCACUUUUGAAGUUCUAACUACAGGUUGUCUCAUGUCAUAGGCUUCACCAAGGUCAAUUAGCAGCUUAAAAAGGAAAAAAAUAUAUAUACUUUUUUUUUAGAUAAUAAACAAGAACUUAACUGAAUAGCUUUUUGCAGAUAUUGCCACUGUAAUUAGGGGCACAAACAUGUAGAAAUGCAACAAUAUUUGUGGUGCCAAGAGGAUGGAUUAUUCAAGGAGGGGAAAGCUUGCCUUUAUUUGUGCUCCUAACUGUAAAUCUUUAACUGCCAAAGAAAUACAGAAGGAGUUUUGAAAGACUAAUCCUUCAGCAUUUAUCUUCGGUAUCUCUUUAAACAAAGGAAAUUGAGUGGUGCAUAUAACUGUGGUGUUCACAACCAACACAGUGUACAUCUGAAUCACGGGCGACAUGCUGAUACUAUACAAGAUUACAUUUUUUUUUUACUUACUUGGUCUGAACCGACAUGAAUAUGUGGAAAUUGAUUGCUGGCCAAGUGUUGGAAGGUUUACAUAGGGUCCUCUCGACUAUGCAGUCGACUUUUCUUAAUUCCUGCUGACGGGACUGACGAAAUUGAUCGGAUUAUCCUGUGGGUAGAAUUAAACAAGAUGCAUAAAAAUGUUGAAACACACUGCUAAUUCAUUUGGUAGUAGUAUUUGCGUGAUUCUAACACGCCCAAAAAUGACACAUGGGCCCACUUUCUAUGUGUCCAAAGUAGAAAAGUAAUGUAGAAAUGACAUUAAAGCUUAAACAAAGUAGAAAUCUAAUGUGCACCCGAUCUUUUAGCACUAAAAAUGGGGAAGGCUCUAGUAUGUGUUGCAUUAUCACGACCGGUUUCCUAAGGUCAGCUUUGCUGCACAUAUUUUUUUUUUUUUAACGUCAGAUUCGCCGCAAUACAUUCGUGUUAGGCUGGGCUAGAUGGAGUGAAAAACCGGCAUCAAAGCGAUAAACUUUGGCAGGCGGCAAAUGGCCAACUCCCGGCGUCCAACAAUUUGGUGCCCGCCAUCGAUCUGGCUCGACUGGAAAAACUUCGCCCGGCGAGCUUCGCUGCCGGAAGCAGUGAGCGCACCUCAUGUUCUUGUCAGACGUCGUGACGAGCAAUUUCCCUCCGUCUUCCGGUGGCUGGAUGUGAAGCGUCGCAAGUUUUUGUACGUUUUUCUCUUUUCUCUAGUGACGCCAGCGGAGUAUCCAUCGCGCGGCCGAGUGCCUUGAGGGAAAAAAAAAGGGACAAGGGAUUAUAGUUAAAAGUCGACUGUGCCUGGCUUUCAGGCUGUUUGCAUCUCUGUGGCCCAGACGGUGCACAAAAUGCCUGGCGGCAUCAAGAACAAGAGCCACUGACAGGCCCAUUUCACACCAAAUUUCAAUAACGCUAUCCUCUCCGGCUGCAGCACUAGACACCUGUUGUUGAAGGAAGCUUUCAGGAACUGACACCAAAGUGAACAUGUAUCAUCACGAUGUGUUUUUAUACAAGAAAGUGAAGAACUAACAUCACUGUUAGAGAACAACAUCUUCUGCAACGUCUGUGCUGUGCCGCCGCGUCUAUUUCUGCCAUGCGAAGUUAACUCUAUAUGUUGACUCCAUGUAGCCUGGCCUUUAUGUGAUAAACAUACAAACACCGCGAAGGGGUUUUGGUUUCGCGUCUGCUUCUCGAAAAAAAAGAAAAAAAAAGGUGUGUGUUAGAAUCAGGCACAUACCGUAAUAAGAAAUUGUGAGCUACGGUCAUUGCUUGAAAAUCUUUCUAGGGCAGGCCGGAAAUAGGUGUUAUUAAUGGGAAAUUGGACUUGAUUUCAAUGCAUUCACUGUCCCCAAGCUCCACCAAAACAGACGCUGCCACUAAAGCCCGGAAUACAUGGAGCGAACUUUCUCGACGAACUUCACGCGUCAAGUAACGACCCGGCGACACGACGCAGGAUGUUCGCUGUGUCGCGAUACAUGCGGCGAACGCCGCCGCGCGUUAGCCACCGUGUUGGCGGCGGUCGCCCGCUUCGAACUGAAUUUGGCGUUGUUCUUGUAGAAUUCACUUUGUUGGUAGCAAAUGACUGCGUAAACGGCUUUCGCUUAGUCUCAGGCCGCUUCGACGACAGAGUAUUAUAGAUAACCUUGAGUAGUUUUCCAGAUCGCUUCUCGUUUCGAACGUGUCUAAGCCUAACGAAAGAAAUAUCCGAUGCCAGCGCCAUCUAUCGGGGAAGUCGGGAGAUAGGCGUGACGACAGCAUGCGGCCUCUGAGAUCAGAAGAUUUCUGUUGAAGGUUGUUGUAGAGAGCUUGCACUUCUUGUCUGUUUCCCCGCAGAUCAGUGGAUGUGGGAUGUACAAAUACAACGCGAUUCCUGAGAGAUCACACUGGAAACUACUCAAUCGGUGUAGAGACAUGCAGACACGGCAACACCAACGCGAUUGCAGACGACACGAAAAGGCGCACGCGCGAAACACCAGCAUGCAUUGCGACCGGAACUAGUGCCUCCUGAUUGGCUGUUGUCCACCGCUGCGAGCUAGACGCUUCCGGCGGCGCCGUUCGCCUGACCAAAAUGUCUGGACAGGCAGAUCGGCUGCGGACGGCAAAUUUCUUGACGCCGGUCGUCGUACGUUCGCCGCUCGACGAAGUUCGUCGCUCGGACGAACUUCGCUCCAUGUAUUCCGGCCUUAAAGGGGCCUUUAUGGGGGGUCACUAUAGGGGUUAGGCAAGUGCAUGCUGACUGGUCAAGUUCGAAUUGUCCCUUGAAGGCUAAUUUUAGGAUUGAAAUAAGAAAAGCUUGGGCUCCUAGAAAUGCAUGGGUGCCAGCCAGGACCUUCAGUUGGGAUCAAAUUAACUGAAAAAUUGAAUUAACCUUAGUCGAAUUAACGGAAGUCUACUGUAUCUUCUUUGUGGUUUUCUUUUCCUCCUUGCUUGGUAGUUUGCUGCAUGCACUAUGUACUUAUCAUUUGUGCAGCACCUUGUGUUUCUGACCUGUUGAGGAAGUUUUUGUGUGAGCUUGCAGACUUUUGCAAAGCUGGGCCCUGUGUGCAUGUAGCAUCUCGUAUGCUGUAGCUGUUGAGAGGAAGUGUUAGCUUGGGGCCAACUCUGAUUUUCUUAUUCAAAUGCAUGUUGAAUGUGGUUGGCUCCAACUUGAGAGCCACUGAACUGAUCUGAAUCAGAUAUGUUGAAUUUGAGGUUAAGAGAGCAAACAAAAUUUUAAUAAUGCCUCAGUGUUGCAGAAAUUGCUGAGUACCAGUUCAAGAAAAAUUAAGUGCAAAGUUUGCAGUUUUGUGCCUCUGCCCUAAAGAUGGCAAUCACAGUUCUUUGAACUGUAUCUGUUAGAUUGUUUAAAGGGACAUUAAAGGCAACUAUUAAGUCGACGUGAACUUUUAAAAUGUCAUUCCACAAACCUCGCAGCGCUUGUGUUGUGCCAAGAAAAGACAUGGUUUACAAGAAGAUCGUGUCUGAAGCGUCCGCAUACCUUUAGCAUAAUUCAAAUCGCCCACCCCUGAGUGGGUUGUGGUGGCGUUGCAUAAGCCAUCACCGCCCUUUACAUCCGUUGGUGAGUAAAAUGGCACAGACGGCGCAACAUUUUUUUUUUUGUGCGAAAUGCAAACGUGCGGCCAUGGAGAAACCCAGCGAAGACAGUUGGAUUUGCCGCUGCAGCUGUUCUUAGUGGCGUGGAUUGUUCCGGUAUCCCGCAACAUCACAUGGACGUGGCAUUCUCUGCUAAUUGUAGUUUGUGUGAGUUUUGCGAGUCAGCAAAACCAGCACAGCACUACGCGAUAACGGAACUACUGAAACGCAAAAGUGCGGGCGGUGCAGAGUGGAGGAAACGAAACAUUUUGACCGCCCGUGUUGUUGUCAAGGGUAAUAUCAAGAGUUCUUUAUACUAAAUAUUUACCGUAUUUUCCUGUGUAUAAGACACUUUUUUUUCUGAAUUUUUCAUCGGUGCGUCUUAUAGAACGGUGCGACUUAUGUACGUUUUUUUUUUUUUUUUCGGAAGAACUGCCGUCAAAAUCGGAUUCGAUGUUACGGCCACGCGAAGCGCGCUGGUUGACUUAAUUGCUACGGGUUUUGUGCGCGCUAUCGAGGUACCGGGUUCUUCUCGUGAUCAAGUUGCCGAGCGCCGUGCGAGAAGGACGGAGCAGCAACACAAGCGGCGGCAGACCUACCGCGAGUCGAUCGUCGCAUCUGCAGAUUGCUGUCAAGAUAUGGCGCGCACCGCUGCGCAAACUACGCAGUUGCUACCAGAGUACAAACCGUCGCUCUGACCACUGACAAAGCGCGAUAAGCACGAAAAGGCAUUAGCACCGGAAAGGCAUCGCUACAAAAUACCGGCCCAGGUGCGUCUUAUACACCGGUGCGACUUAUAUGCGUUUUUUUUUUAGGGGGGGGGGGGGGUAACUACUGUUUUGAGGGGGGUGCGUGUUAUACAAAGGUGCGACUUAUAGACCGAUAAAUACGGUAAUACAACUGGACAAGUAGCAUUUUUUUUUGUCUUAUAAUGAAUACAUUAAUCUUUUUCUUACGAGUCGUUGAUUACUAGUGACAAAAUUAUAAUGAGUUCCUUCAUCAUCGAGCUAAUACUCAAAUGUGCUGGGGCAAAUCUCUAACCGCUUCCUGCAUUUACCUUAAUUUCUCGAUUAUUAAAGCUCUGUUCACGAUAAUAUUGACGCGUUAGAUGUUCUCGAGCAAUAAUCUACCACUUUAGCUUGACUUAAUAUUUGCCUUUAGUGUCCCUUUAAAGCAGCAAGUAUUAACCGAGUGAGAAGGCCAACUGAAGUUAUGAACCGGACACUCAUGGGCUGGCCGCAGCGCCUUCAAGCUUGUUUUCAGUUAAACCUUGAGCUUACAAGCAUGUGGGGCACUGUUGAUGCCUGGGGAUAUAAAGUAACAAUUCUAUUCCAGUCCUGCUUCAUGUAAGCCCCAUUUUAUUCUUCAUCAGCGGCUGGUCUGGUGCAAAAUAAAUAGUAUGUACCACUAUUAUUGCCAGGACUAGCCAACUGACUCAUCGCAAGUGAAAGAAAGAAUAGAAUUGAAGUGGGUCGGUUGGCAAGGCGGGAAUUGCUAUGUAAUGUGAUUUGAGCACAUUGAAAGACGGAGUUGCUGAGGUUUGGUGAAAGGAGGGAGGAGAGAUGGGGUCUUACGCUUAAUUUCUACACACUGUCGCUUACAUUUUGCAUUGUUGCUGUUGGUUGCAUGCAAGUAUAUACUCUCCCCGGAACAGUCAGUGGUUGAAAUUGAUACUCAUUGGUUCUCAAAGAAGGUUGCAUAUCCAUUCGAAAGAUGCCAUGUCUGAGGUAAUGAGAUUUAAAAUUGAGGCUAUAUUUCUAAUCUAUCACUUGUGGAAUUAGUGUCACUUUCAGAGAGACCCCAUCUGGACAAGCAGUGGAAGUGGGUGUAAUGAAAAGAAGUCGUGGGUGGGCACGUUUUUUGGCAGUAUUAUUUUCACAGUGGGUAGUUGAGUGCGUUUACUAGGUGGGUGGCAGGAAUGUUGUGAUGUUAAAGGAAGGAAGGUGAUUUGGUGAUACAGUGAAGCAUAAGGUUGCAAGUUGUGUGAAAGUGAAGGUGUCACUGUAGGUGGCCUGUCGAAAAAAUAUGUCCCCAGGCAAGCGUAGAAUAUAGUAAGUGUACCUUUAUUUGUUUGGGAGGAAGACGAUUAUGAGAUGAGUGCCUAAUUAUUGGUAAAAAAAAACUUUUUUUUUUUUUUACAGAGCUCAUCAUAUGGAAGGGCUAUGUUAUUCGCAAGUUGAAUGAACAAUCUGUGGGGUCAUGAAAGAAGUAGGCGAAUUUUCAUGGCAAUUUGUUAGAAAAAAAAAAGAGAAAAAUCUGCAAUUGGCUUACUUGUUGGUAGUGAAUCAUCAUUUGGAACUUAGUAACAGCAUCAAGUCUUUAAGCUUUCGCACACUUUUUGUGCACUGAUUUUUGUUUUUUGGCUCACCUUACAAUUCUCCUAAAACGCCUUUGCACUUUCUGUAGUUUUGGAGAGUAAGUUAGCACUCUGUACACUAUUUGCUAGGGGUGUGCGAAUAGUGAUCUUUAAGACCAAAUCGAAUACGAAUCGAAUAGUGCCUUAAGCUAAAUGAAUCGAAUAUCGAAUACUAGUUGAAUAGUUUUUGAAUAAUGAACAGCUGUUAUCACAAAUAAUAUAAAACGAUGUUCACAUCUCAGUAUUCUUCAAAUUGGCAAGUGUCUGUCAUUACAUAGUACAUUAUUGUUUAUUAAAAGUACAAAUGGAGCAUUAGAAGUGAACAAGUAGUUUCUUCGCAUGCACAGGACUCUUCAGAGAGUGAGAAUGAUUGCUGUACAGCCUGUAAAGUAUGGCUACCUAAGUAACGUAGCCUGCUCCACUAUGCAAGUUGUCAUGUUUUGUGUGUAUACUAUGCCCGCGGUGGUAAAUGUUUACUGUACUUUCGCUCCAAUUUUAUGUUUAUUUGGGUGCAGUUAAUGUUUUGAAAUAUUCGGAAAGUAUUGGAAAAAUAUUCGCAUUUGCGAAUAGUGACUAUUCGAUGGGAAGACCAAAUCGAAUAGGACACUAUUCAAUUCGUUAUUCGAAAAUUAUGAAUAUUCGCAUACCCCUACUAUUUGCCUCUGCUGUGCUGCCAGGUUAACCUGCUUGCCAUGAGAGAACAAAUAGCAAGGAUGGGGACUUACUAUGUCCACGUGCUCAGUGCUAGACAAUGUGAACUUUUUCUUUAAACCCCAUGUACUGCCCAAUGCCCCAUUCACACAGCCGUUUGUUGCUCUGUCUCAUCACUGUCAUAGUACUGGUUUCCAUGCUGAAUUCAUGAAAAAAAAGAAAGAAAUGCUGCCUACCUGUGACAUGAGCUGGUGCUCAAUGCUUAUGUAUCUGCUGCAGUGACAGUUUUGGGCACUAUCAAAAGCCAGCCAUUUCCAGAACUCGUGGGUCCUUGCACUCUUUGGCUGUAGGUUGUGAUGAGAAUUUAUCCGAAGGGCCCACUUACAACUAAUCUAUUGUACUGGCUCUUAAAUGCAGUUUUUAUUUUUUGUUAUUUUAUUUACUUUGUGGCUUCAGAAACUAUUACUCACAAUUUGCUAAAACAAAAGGCCAAACCUAUCCAGUUAUUGCUAGGUGAAUGGGGAUUCUCCCAAGAGAACUCCACAGAAGAGUGUGGCAACAGAUGCGGCUGCCCAUUGGCUGCACCUGCUAACAGAACAGUGGCCCGUUUCCAAGAUGGUUUUUUUUUUUUUUUUUGAUGUUGCAGUGGUGUGAGGAAACACAAGAUGGAUGUUUGAAUGAGGCCUCGUUCUGCAUGUUUGUUAUCCUGAUUCUUAGUAUUGGCAAAGAACCUUUAAUAGAAGGUUACCACGUGUAGAUGUACAAAUGCCAUGUCCCCAGCUGACACAAUGUCUUUUAGAUAAGACUUUCCUUUCUGUCAAACAAGUUCCUGUUCAGUGCAGCUGAGAGCUCCGUGCAAAUAUUUUGUGAAAUUGAAAAGAAAUGCUGCAUUUUUCAGGCAUUUAGAAGCAAUUGCUGGAAAUGUGUUUGAGAUACUGUCUUUUAUUGAGACAGUGUUCUCUUUUUGUGUUGUGUUACCACUGUGUAGUGUCAGGAGUUAUUGGUCUUUAAGGCAUGGUGUUUAAGUCAAUGAUUGAUAUGCAACUCGCAUGUAUAUAAACAUGGGAAAGCAAUGUGCUUUGCAUUGAAAUCAUGUUAUCAGCACAUGAGUAGACGUUAUCAGCACUACAGACGUUAUCAAUAAGCACAUGAGAAGUACCCGUGCCUUACCGAGUUUCCUAUCAAGGCGUGGAAUUUGGGCGCGGAACAAACUCUGGCAAAGUGGCAUCGAAGCAAUGGUCUUUCCUGCGACGGAACUGUGGCAGUCUUGGGCUUGACCUUGAGGAAGAUUUAAGUGUUACUGUGUGACAGCCAUUAUUAUCUUCGUUCUCUUUGUUAUUUAACUCUUGGAAUGUUGUUAAUGUUGAAUCCCUGAGCUUUCCCUUGUAUCGUGUAAACAUAGUGUGUUGUUCUUUUAGUGUUGUGAGAGUGUUUCAUGUGCUACUAUUGUUUUUAUGACUGAAAACAUUUUUUUGCUGUUUGUUUCGUUGAUGCUGGUUUGAUCAGCUGACGACUAUGCAUAUCACUACACUGACUACCCUCUCCCCAGCGUUUUUCUCGUUUUCAUCAGGCUUGAACAUUGCUAUGCAUUUCUACACCUAGAAUUUAUGAUUCUUGGUUUGUCUUCCUGCACCUGCAUUGAGCGUAGCUGCGAAUGAUGCAUUUAUGCAGCACCCGCUUUAGACAAUGUCUCAAGAUUGUGUCUAGCAUGUGUUUUUGUACCAUUUUGCCGUGUCGAGCAGUAAAUUGUCUGAAAAACAGGGAAGCAAUACUGGAAGUCACAGAUACCUGUACACAUGUAGAAGAGGCGGAUAAAUUAUUAAUUUGCCUAGAAAUAAUUUUUAUUAGCGGUACUUUGAUGCAGUUAGGCCGAACUGGCAAUAAAGAUGGCCACACACUGCAAACGCAAAUCCCCCUGACUGGGUGAUUUAAAAUGCAAAUCUGUAUUUUACCAUACUGGAGCACAAAGAAUAAAAAAAGAAAUGUUAUGUCACAU